AUGCGGUCCCUUCUCCUCGCCCUCUUUGUCGUGCAGCUGCACGCUGUGCUCCUUCCCGGACCUCCCGGGCCGUACUCGGUAUCCAAUCAAGUUCAUAGUUUGACCGAUACCUCCCGCCAGGACCCGUACGCACCUUCGAAUAACACUCACAACCGACGAAUCAUGGUGUCAACUUUUGUUCCAGUGUCAAAGUGCCAGGAUUGCCAAUCUACGCAGCUUCCCUACAUGCCCCCCAAGUCAACGGCAGCUUGGGGACAAUAUGCGGCUCAGAUGGGCUUGCCAACCAAUAUCGUGGAGGAUUUUCAGGUCGAAUACUGCCAAACUUCCAAACCAGCACCUAAGAAAUAUCCAGUAGCAAUCUUCUCCCCGGGGUUGACCUCUUCGAGACUCGUAUACACAGUUCAAGCCAGGGCGCUCGCCAGUUUGGGAUAUGUUGUCAUCACCGUGGAUCACCCCUAUGAUGGCUUCUUUGUUGAGUUUCCCGACGGAACAUCCGUACAAGGUGUUGUUCCAUUCAGCCCAACCGACGCAGAGGCUGAUGCCGCUACCGAGGUACGAGCUGCGGACGUGUCUUUUCUCGUCAAUGUGCUGCAAGGCUCAGCCCCCGGGGCCUCAUUGCCGGCUGAACUCAUCGAGAGCAGCGACCUGAACAAAAUAUUUGCCUACGGCCACUCAAUGGGAGGAGCAACCGCCGCGGAAGCAGCAUUGCUUGAUAAUCGCGUUUUGGGCGGGCUCGAUCUCGACGGGCGUCCAUGGGCCAAAAGCGCUAAGACCGGCUCUGACAGGCCCUUUGUUAUAGUAGGGAGCGAAGCAAACGAUGCAUUGUGGGCGCCCUACUACCAAAGGUUCACGGGUCCGAAAAUGCAGGUUAGUAUCAAGGGGUCGACGCAUCUAUCAUUCUUCGACCUGCCCUACCUGUUCGGUGUGCGCCCGCUACCUGCAGAAUAUGACGAGGUGCUGGAACAGCUGGGUGGAACGAUCAAGGGUGCCCGGUUGCAGGAGAUUGCUCUGGCCUUUAUCCAGGGAUUUGCAGAGCUGGUGUUGAAUGGCAAAACGGAGCCGCUUCGAGGCCUCAACACGACGUUCCCUGAGGUUCUAGUUGGUGAAGAGGACCUAUCUGGCUAG